UGCCGCCGUUUUAAUCAGAUAGCAUUCAAUGCUAAAAUUUUAGCUUAUUUGGCUGAUGAUUAAAUCACUCGACACACAUGGGUAAACCGCCCCAUAUUUCAUAAUUGUGCAGGGGAGUGGCCCAGUUUUCUGGUUUCGCAAUUCGCGCAUUUUACAAAUUGGUCAGUAGGUUAUGGUCACGUAACAGUAUUGUGGUGAAACUAUAUAAAGCAAUGUCUUAUCAGUAUCUUGCAUUCACAGGUCGAAGAGCUCUUGACUCGAAACAGUGAAAAACAAUGGCGACACAGCAAAAAAGUGCCUACAGCGCGUACCUGCCGACAUUUUUCGAUAAAUUUGGUGGAGGUUACCCUCCUCGGCCAGUUUUUCACGACUGGCCUACAUGUUUUCAAACCUACCAAGAUGUCUGCCUUGAAAUGCCUGAGAAGUUAUACACGCUCAACAGUUCGGAGAAGUUCAGGGAAUGGAUGACAGAGGAACUUGACAGGGUCGAUUUGUUCAAAGUUGACGUUGCCAUCACGUCUCUGAUUGACGGGGAGUGUAUCCAUGUGCUGGCGGGCUACCUGGCCUGUCUGAGCUACCUGGCACACGCCUAUCGCUGGGGCACAGUACCAACCACGAGCCUGGAACGGGAAAGAAGCACUCUCGAAUUCCCAGACUGCCUCUGGGACCCUUUUAAAAAGGUAAAUGAUUAUUUCGGGCUUCCAUAUCGUGGCAACCACUUUUCACUGAUGGCAUGCAACGCUAUUUAUGACGAAAAUGGAUCGCCAGUAGGUAUGAAGUUCAAGUGGAAUUAUGAACCAGCAAAAGCGAACCAGGAAAAAAACUUCAAGCUGCUGAUGGCAAAAGCCGAGUGUGAAGCCCCUCACGUCCUCAGUUCUCUCGGAGAGUACUUGGAUUUGCUUCAAACCUUCACGACCGCAGACUACAGGAAUGACGUCGAACAGCAAAUGAUAGAAAAGGUUAAUCUUGCAAAAGGACACCUCGUGGCAGUUCUAAGACAGGUCAACACAAACAUGCACGACAGUUUUAUUUCAAGGAAGGUCUUUGCACCACACAUUCAGGGAAUGAUUGCAUGGGGAUUAGACUCAGACAUUGGGUCGUCUGCUUCUGAAAAUCUCAUUUUCCAGGUACUCAAUGUGUUUUGCGACAUGGAGGGUGCGAGCGAAAUGAGUCGUUUUGGAAAGAGGACGCGGGAGAACAUCCCAGAAAAUUCCAGGGUUUUAUUAAAUAAAUUUGAGGAGAGCACAAAAGGUUAUAUCUUUCCGACAGAGAAACUGGCCCAAGCAAAGGCAGACUUGAUUACGGUAUAUUAUGCCUUUCUUUUGGGGCAUGCGCGAAAGGUACCAGACUAUAUAGCCGAAUGUCCAAUGACUGCGUCCGGGUUCUUGAAGAAGGAUUUGGUAUCCAAAUUUAGGCGUCAAAUGAAAGCACGGUGCAACGAAGUUUUAUCUGCCAGAAAGAAAGCUCAGGGCAGAUCAUCUGACAACAACAAUAACGACAAUGGAAUCGAAGAAAACAAAGCGUGGUCUUGGAUAGCGGGGGCGGGCUGGGAAAGGAAAGAGGAAGAAGUUCGGACGAAGCGAGUGCCGAACCAAUAG